GAGCCCGCCCACUCACACUUCCAAGCUCCAUACAAUACCGUUGCAGUCAUCUUUCUUGCCAGAAAUUCACUUGAUCACAAGAUCAUUCGCUGAUUUCAAAACAAAAACAGUCAUGAAUAAAUGGAAUUCAGCAAAGAAAAUGUGUUUGCAAUCACAGGCGCUUGCUUCAUAUUUGUAGCCGCAAUUCUUCUUUACUGUUCUUUCCGCCAACCUCGUAAGACCAAUAACAACUCUAUUCUAAACCUUUUGGAAUUAGGACAACUUCCAAGACGUCCUCGACCAGCACACAUUCGGCAGCCAAAAGUCUCACAUUCAAUACAUACUCGGUUACCAGGGCGUUCACAUCCCGCACGCACUCGACAAAUAAAGCGAGCUCGUUCAACAUAUACUCGGCAUCCAAGGCGAGCGCCCAUAGCACACACUCGCCCUCAAAAUCAGAUAUCAAGCAGCUCUGAAGGAGGCAAAUAACAUCAUCACGCUAUCCUUUCAAAAUCCUCAAAAAUGCAUCACAACACUAAACAAGGUCUAAUAUUCCUUGGAUUCUUGAUUGCCUGCGGAGGAGGCAUUGCUGCUUUCAUCCUUUUGCACAAGUCCCAUAGCCAACAUCGACCCCCCGGAAAGCGUGAAAUGGCGGACAUGAAUUCAUACAACAUUCAUGCUAGAAGCAUGUCUUCAAAAACGACGAUUACUACGCAUGUUAGUGUUGAGAGAAGCGAAUCCUUCCAAGUUCACCCGUCUCAUGUUCAUGGCGGUACAUUGUCUCAGCAUCGAAACAGGCAUCGUUCAUUUACUCCAGAGACAAAACUCGGUAGUCGAGAUAGUCAAUCUGUCACCAUUCCCGCUUCUACAGCUACAUCAACCGAUAUACCAUCGCUGUCAAUCGCAGCUACUAGUAGUGCUUCGUCUAUCGAUAUUUAAUCAUCCUUUACAGUGGAACCCUUGAGUACUUUAUCUGCCGCAGCAGGUUUCCAAAACUCUGCUGCUUCGUCAUCAAAUCUGAUUCUUGACGUUAGCCUGAUUUCCACAAUUUCAUCGAGUCCGCAGCCGUUGAUCACCAAUGGUGGUAGACACAGUCAUCUUCGCAAGUUUCGAGGUUGAGGUUAUGAAUUACAGAGCUGAGGCUAGGAGACAUGAGGGCCAGGAAUUAAAGUUUCUUUUUCCGUCGCACAGUAGUUGCAGAAACUUGUGUAAAUGUUCAGUGAUGGUCUUCCUAGAAAUUUUGUAGAUAUUUGGAUUUGGACGGCGCUUAGACUAGGGGGAAUACUUUCUAGGGAUUAUAUAGUUCAUCAGAAUUAGACAUGUUUGCA